ACGACCUGAAGAGGAAGAAGAAGUAGAGAUGAGAGAGAUCGUUCGGCCGGGAAUUGCUCGGAGCACGUGCCUCGCACGCAGAAGGCGCCCGGAACGGCACCAGGUGCGCUAAUCGAGGACCAAUCUACGGGAUAAAAGUGAGACGAAUUGAACGUUGCGGCGAGUUGAACGUCUUUUUAACGUUAAUACCCCGAGAUUCAACGUGAUCUUCGAAUCAACGCGGAAGGAAAGAACCGGCGAGCAGGAAUGCCAGCUCGUGCUGUUCACUCUUCGAGCACGAUCUCGAUGAUCGUUUUAUUAACAUCCCUUUCGAUGCUCAUCGGGGUCGACGGCAUGGGACAUGUCAGUGGACAUAACGUUGAUCGGAUGCCGUUUCAUCAGGAUACAAACACUGCCAGUGGUCCGGUAUUGGUAGCGCCAGUUGGAAACCAAACGGCUGCGAUUGGUCGUGAAGUUGUUUUUUCUUGCAGCGUUCGUAACAUAGGAAAAUAUAAGGUUGGAUGGCUACGUGCUUCGGACCACACGAUUCUCUCGGUUCACACGAGGACGGUAACGCACAAUGCACGUAUCGCGGUCUCGUACGAAACCGGCGGAAGUUCCGGGUCAGGGGCAGCUUCCGCUAACGCCUUCGGUGUGACGGGAAGUAGCCAACCGACGGAGGAAGUCGUCAAUGGCACGUGGCGGCUGCACAUACGUCAGUUGAAGGAAUCGGAUAGGGACUGUUAUAUGUGUCAAAUUAACACCAGUCCGAUGAUAUCCGAGCUCGGAUGUUUGGAUAUUCUUGUGCCACCGGAUAUCGUUUACGGAGGUGACACCAGCGCAGACUUGGCAGUUUCCGAAGGGGACAACGCAACCCUAAGCUGUCGUGCAACCGGAAGACCAACUCCGAGAGUGUCCUGGCGAAGGGAAGACGGAGAACCUAUUCUCAUAAGGGCCUCUUCUGCCGGUGGAGGCACAUUCGAAAGGCACGAAACGUACAAUGGUUCUCUACUGCAAUUCCAUCGUGUUGAGAGGCGACAAAUGGGAGCGUAUCUGUGCAUCGCCAGCAACGACGUGCCGCCUGCCGUUAGCAAGCGAGUGACACUCGCCGUGAAUUUUGCACCCGUCGUACAAUCACCUAAUCAGCUAUUAGGAGCGCCAUUGGGAACAGACGUGCAGUUGAAAUGUUACGUCGAGGCAUUUCCAAAUACAAUUAAUUAUUGGGUAAAGAACCGGCCAGGAGUGGAAGAUGAAAUGUUGCUCGAGGGACUCAAGUACACCGUACGGGAAGAACGAUCCGGAUAUAAAGUUUUGAUGUGGCUGUUAAUCAAAGGAUUCACGGAACAAGACGUGGGUAGCUAUAAAUGCGUGUCGACGAAUAGUCUCGGUAAAGCAGAUGGCACUGUAAGACUAUAUGAAAUUAAAAUUAGUUCCGACAGAUCGUCACGCGGAAAAGACCACGUAUCCAUUAUCGGUGGUUUAGCCGAGGCAGCACAAAGUUCAGGUGCGAGUAACAACGGCAGAGGACUGUUCGGAUGUUACAAGAAAUUAUCGCAUUUUUUGUCGAUGUUUCUCUUCAUACCGGUGUUAUUCUGGCCACGGUGAAGAAGGUACCCGUUGCUGGUCACCGCUAAGCUGAGUGCCGGUUAACUGUGUGCCAAAGGACAUGAAUUAAAAGAAACGAGUAUGAACGUCGCGUGUAUGCGUGUGUGUGGAGAACAUAUCAGAAGAGUACGUAAGAUCUAAAAAGAGUACAUAAGACAGUGUGUUCUUUGUGAGAAGAACGAAUUAUUCGAGUGAAUGUGCGAGUGAAAAGAAGCGAACCAAAAGAAGAAAAAAAAAAGAAAAGAAUAAACUGGAGGCUUGCGUUCUUCAUAUCUUCCUAUUUCCCUUUCCUACUCCCGAAUGCCAAAAAAUGCGAAAAAAAAACCACAUUUUUAGAUCAAUGGAUGUUGUCAAUGUAUGCGCCCAGUUAGAUUCGCGAUACGUUUUGUUAAAAAUGUCGAUCACGAAUCGACGAGAGAAGACGCACCGUCGGAAAACACAAGACUUCGAGAACGCUGAAGCAGCUUGGCCCUAAUUAUUAAUAAUGCUUAACAAAUCGUCGAUAAUAAUAACUUAACGAUCAUUUUGUCAUUGGUAUCAGCAUUGCAGACAAUUAGACGUCAGGGAACUCGAUGUUUCGAAAUAAAAUUAUACGAUCGAACAUA